AUGUCCCCAGCAUCGGCUGCAACGGCCAGUGAAAGCAGCACCACCACCGUCCCCGAAGAGGAGCCGGAGAGCCCCAGAGAGGAGCAGCGGCCCCUGAAGCAGUCCAUAAGCAAGUCUCUGUGUCGGGAAAGCCACUGGAAAUGCCUGCUGCUGUCCCUGCUGAUAUAUGGCUGCGUCGGGGCCAUGGCCUGGUGCCAGGUAACCAAGGUCACACGCCUCUCCUUCGACAGUGCAUACAAGGGCAAGUCCAUGAUGUAUCACGACAGUCCCUGCUCCAACGGCUACAUCUACAUCCCCCUGGCCUUCCUGGUCAUGCUAUAUGUGGUCUACCUGGUGGAGUGUUGGCACUGUCACACCAGGAAUGAGCUGCAGUACAAAGUGGAUGUGGAAAGCGUGGCAGAACGCAUCCAGCGCAUGCAGCAAGCCACUCCCUGCAUCUGGUGGAAGGCAAUCAGCUAUCACUAUGUCAGGAGGACCCGACAAGUGACCCGCUACCGCAACGGAGAUGCCUACACCACCACGCAGGUCUACCAUGAGCGAGUCAACACCCAUGUGGCUGAGGCAGAGUUUGACUAUGGAAAUUGUGGGGUGAAGGACAUCUCAAAGCACCUGCUGGGCCUAGAGGGCUUCCCUAUCACCAGGCUGAGGUUCACCAAGUGCUUUAGCUUUGCCAAUGUGGAGUCCGAGAACUCCUACCUGACCCAGCGGGCCAGGUUCUUCACAGAGAAUGAGGGCCUGGAUGACUACAUGGAGGCCCGUGAGGGGAUGCACCUGAAAAAUGUAGACUUUAAAGAGUAUAUGAUUGCCUUCUCUGACCCAAAUAACCUUCCCUGGUACGCAUCCAACUCUGUGUUUUGGGCGGCAGCAGCUUUCACCCUCUCUUGGCCUCUGCGGGUGCUGACUGAGUACCGUACUGCCUGUGUCCACUAUCACAUUGAGAAGCUGUUUGGCUUCGACUAUGUCCCAGUAACGCCCUCUGAGGAGCGGCCCUAUUGCCGUCACAUUCCACGGGUCAACACAAUCGACAGCACAGAGCUGGAGUGGCACAUCCGCUCCAACCAACAGCUAGUUCCCAGCUAUUCCGAGGCAGUUCUCAUGGACCUGGCCCAGCUCUCAGGGAGCUGCAAUAGCUACUCUGUAUGUGGUGGCUAUGGUAGCUACAGGCAGAACUGUGAGCGCUGCCACCGCACCAUCAGCAGCUCCUCUAUCUUCUCUCGCAGUGCCCUUAGCAUCUGCAACGGAGGAAGCCCACGCAUCCCAUUCAGUGCCAGCCGUUUCUCCUUGGGUCGGCUGUAUGGCUCCCGGCGUAGCUGCCUGUGGAGGAGCAGCGGCAGCCUGAAUGAGCAGUCCUGCCCAACAGAGAGCACGCGCUGUCUAUCGGGCCAGCAGGCCAGCGAGGAGAGCCCUCCAGCCUACCAGGAUGCACUCUACUUCCCAGUGCUCAUUGUACAUCGCAACGAAGGCUGCCUCAAUCACGACCAUCGCUCCUUGCACAGAAAUGGUUCCUGUGUGGAGACCUCUCUAUGA